CGGGCGGGGGCUGCGGGCGGCUCCGCCCCGCCGGCCGCCCGGCUCCCCGCCGCCGCCGCGCCUGCUGCAUGCUCGGUGCCGCCUCAGCCCCAGCCGGAGGUGGAAGAUGGCGGAGCCGGGGCCGGAUUGCAGCUCUCUGCUCGAUGAGGAUCUUUCCUCCUUCGUCUUCAGUUACCUCGCUGACAGCCAGUACGAGGUGUCUGGCGAGGAGCACCUCUACUCUGAUUUCCCCGAGAUCGAUUUGUCCCAGCUGGAUGCCAGCGACUUGGACUCAGCCGGCUACUUCAACGAGCUGCAGUGGUGCGGGGAGCACUCAGAGACCGACUCCAGCCAGUACAGCACCGACGACUCCGAGCUCUUCCAGAUAAUAGACAGCGAGAACGAAGCGCUGCUGGCAGCCCUCACCGAGACAUUGGAUGAUAUACAGGGAGAUGACACGGGCCUGGCUGCCUUCCGAACUAUGGAAGAGGGGGACACGCUCAACCAUGCCUACACCUCGCCUGCCCCCUCCCCCAAACCCACCGCCCCGGUCACGGGGGGGCCGCCCCCGGCCCCCGAGUUUGAUGAGCUGUCUCUACUGAAGAAGUUGCUCCUCUCUCCAUCGCAUGUGCCCCCGAGCUGCGAGGCUCAGCGGGACGGGAGCGCCCGGCGCCCGGGGACCCCUAAGUCCCGACCCCCACGGCCCUGCACAAAGGUGGAGGGUCCCCGGGACAGGAGGGCGAGUGUCCCGCAGACUCAGAGCCGCAGCUGCACCGAGCUGCACCGGCACCUCACCUCUGCCGUCCCCUGCGCGCAGACCAAAGCCCCCCAAGACCCCGAGGAGUGCCCCAGCAGCCACCUCCACCCACCCCCGGGUGACUGCACCUAUCACGAGGAUGACAGCGACUCCAGUGAGGACUCGCUGAGCCUCGGCGACUCGGUGACCCCCCCCUCCUCGGCAGAGGAUGGCUCCGGCAGCCAGUUCUCCUGCGAGGGGGAGAUGCACUCGGUGGUGGAGCUCAUCCGCUACAUGCACACCUACUGCCUGCCGCCGCGGAAGCUGCCCGCCCGCGACGCUGCCAACGCCAAACCCCAGCCCUGCAGCAGCCCCUUCAAGAGAGCCAAGCCGGACUGCCCCACACAGCCGGGCCCCCCCAGCGGCACCCAGAGCCGGCUGGGCUGUGCCUGGCAAGCGGGUGGGGGCUGCAAGAAACCUGGAGCAUCCUUCUCCAUCCUGAAGGAGCUGCUGGCGCGGGACCUGCUGUGUGACGUGAGCAAGCCAUACCGCCUGGGCAAGCCUGUGUAUGCUGCCCUGGCCCGGCCACCUGGCUCCUGCUCCCCAGUGCCACUGGCCCAGGAUGGGGAGGACGCCAGCGGGACCUGCACAUCCAGAGCAAAAGCGGUGCUGGAGAAGGGGGAGCUGCGCCAGAGCCCUGGGGCCGAGAUGGAAGCCCCGCAGGAGCUGGGCGGUCUCGAGGACAAUGCUGGGAAGCAUGUGGGCUCCCCAGGCACAGCCAUGGCAAAGAUGGCCCGCAAGCAGGAGAACACCAUUUAUGCUGUCCGCCGGUCCAAGAGACUCAACCCUGAGCUCGGUCACUGGCUCCCCUUCCUUGAUGAGCCACCUCCUGAAUCCUCCAGCUCCCGGGAGGCAGGGGACAGCCACGGCCCCCGGGACAGCCUGUCCUCCCGGGAGCCCCCUCCGUGCCCAGCGCUGGAGGGCUUCUCCGCUGAAGACCCUGCAGCUGAAGUGGAGGUGGGGGGCAUGGAGGAGGGGGACGGCAGGAGCUCGGCACCACCAGUGGAGCCCCAGCCCCUCUCCCUGGGGUCCCCGGGCGACGGCGAGGUGGGCGAUGGGGCUGAGAGCAGGCGCUGUGCCCUCCUGGAGCAAGCAGAAACACCCAGGUGUCUCACGCUGUCCUUGGCACAAACUGACCCAGCCUUUGGGAAGAGAAGCUUUGAGCCAAUUCUGACUGUGGAGCUGUGCGGGACGGCAGGUCUCACACCACCCACUACUCCUCCAUACAAGCCCACCGAGGAGGACCUGUACAAGCCAGACAUCCCCCAGGAGCCGGGGAAGGAGGAUGGGACGGCCCCUGGCCCCGGGGACACAGGCGAUGUCGCAGCCUCCCAGAAAGCCCCCAAGAAGCACCCCGAGAGGACAGAGCUCUUCGCCCACCUGAGCCGAGCCGCCGGGCGCCCCGCGCUCCCCGAGCAGCAGGGCGUGCUCAAGCGGCCCUUCUCCCGCUCCUUCGGGGACCACGACUACUGCCAGGUGCUGAAGCCCGAGGUUGCCCUGCAGAGGAAGGUGCUCAAGUCGUGGGAGCCCCCGGGCCAGGUGGAGACAGAGCACAAGAGGAGGGUCCCGGCCGCCCACUACCAGGGGCUGGAGCUCGGCAGCAAGGAGGCGGGCGGCCAGAUGCUGUGGAAGGAUGGCAUCAAGCAGCUGAGAGACCAGGAGAUCAGAGCCAGCUUAACGAAGCACUUUGGCUUUCUGGACAGUGCUCUCGAUGAUGAGGACAUGGUCUUCUGCAAGACCCCAGAGUACGACACCGUCUUUGGAGAUAGCUGCAGUGAGAGCGGUUCCCCUGAGGAGGAGGAGGAGGAUGAGGAGGAAGAGGAGGAGCACGGCGACACCAAGCUGUGCCUGCGGAGAAACCCCCUUUCCAGAACCAGUUUGCAUUACUGUUCCUGGAGCAGGUCCAGCUCGGGGUCUUCGUGCUGCCGGUCCCGAUCACCUGCAAGCAGACGGACCUUCAGGUGUGAGAACGGCGAGCAGUGUCAGGGCAGGAGCGGGCAGCGGGGCCAGCUGGAGAAGAGACGAGAAAAGGCCAUCGGGGAAGGCCGGGUGGUGUAUAUCAGAAACCUCUCCAGCAGCAUGAGCUCCAGUGAACUGAAGAAACGCUUCGAAGUGUUUGGUGAAAUUGUGGAGUGUCAGGUCCUGUCCAGGACUAACAGGGGAGAUAAAUACGGCUUCAUCACCUACCGGUAUUCAGAGCAUGCCGCCUUAUCUCUGAAGAAUGGCACCUCGCUAAGGAAGAGGAACGAGCCUUCUUUCCAACUCAGUUCUGGUGGCCUCGGGCACUUCUUCUGGACCAGAUACACUGACUUGGAUUGCAGCGCGGAGGAGUCCUCCCCAGCUCCAGUGAAAAGCAAGUACGAGACCAUGGAUUUCGACAGCUUGCUGCAGGAGGCCCAGCUAAGCCUGCAUCGGUAACAGCCUUAACCUUGGAGGAAUACCUCAAUACCUCAGUCAAGGCACUUCCAAUAUGUUUACGUUUUCAAAGAAAUUAUUCAGUCUACGGAAAGCGAGAGAGAGCGAGAGAGAGCGAGAGCACGCACGCACGAGAGAGAGACUGCUGUCCCUUCCGAUCGAUGUUUACAUUGAACAAAGCUGCUUCUGUCUGUGAGUCCCCAUGGUCUUGAUGUCUCACUGCCACACGUUAGUCCCCCCGCUUCUGACUGGUUGUUUUAGGGUGAGCCUAGAAGCCCCUGGCCCCCUCUCCGCCCUCCCUGCCCACCCCCCGUGCUCCCGCCAUGGAGUUGCAGCUGUGUUCACCAUAACAUUUUUUUGUCCUUAGUGUGUGACGAUGAAAUUGUUAAUUGUGAAUAGAAUCAGGAUUAUAAACUAAUUUUUAAUAGAAGAGAAAAAAAAAGUAUAUACUUAAAAAAAUGUAUUUAUGGCUCAGAUGUACUGUAAUUCAGAUUUAUUGUACCGCUUCCUUGAUUUUGAACUAUGCACUGUAAUGAGGCACUUGCCACUGAGCAAAUGGGGAGUCAGAGCAGAGUCAUGGAGCCGGCAUCCGCCCGUCAGCCGCGGAGGCACCUGCCUCCCCCGCCGCAAACCGAGGUGCUCAGCGGUUGCAUCAGGGUCGUCCCCUUUGCUGUCAAAGCCAUUCUUCUUGCUCAUGUGGCCCGAGCCCCCUGUCGCCCAGCCCAGAUGCUGGUUGCUGAUGGAGCCAGUGGGCGGUGGGGCACGCCAGCCCCAUGCGGUGCUCCCCGCGGGGCCAGGCAGAUUUGCAGGCACGAAGGAGUGGGGUGGUGGAAGGACGCACUGCCCGGGCGCUGCGGGACCUGCCAGCCGUCGCUGCUCCAGCCCUGUGUCACCUUUGGAGCCAGGAGAGAGGGGCCGAGCUCCUGGCACAGCCUGGGGGCUGAUGCCUCUGGGUCUGUUGGAGGGAGGUGGCUUCUCCAUGGCUCCUCAGGUGUCUGGGAGCCCAGCCAGGCUGAGCAGCUUGCUCCCUGCGUGCUUCCACAAAGCAAGCGGGGCGAGGAGACCCAUCUGUGAUCCGCGCCUGGCAGCCAGCCCCAAAUCCAGAGAGGCGGGAGAGGGCACAGCAGCUGCACCGAAUGCCCCCUCACCAAAUCCCCUACCCAUGCUCUGCCUGGUACCUGAUAAGCCAUAGAUUUCCCCAGCACCCGCUGACGAUCCGGAGCCGUCCCCUGUGGCACACUCACUCGCUCUGCCCAGGGCCCUCGGGGCUGCUCACUGGUGCUGCAUUUAAGGCAUGCUCGAGCAGCACCCCUGAGAUCUGCUUGCAAACUUGCUCUCCACCUCCAGGUGAGGUGGGAGGGGGAGAGCCCACCGCCCGCUGGAGCAAGCCCCGCCGCCAACCGGCCAGCAGCACCGCUUUCCCAAGGGAGCGGGAAUCUCGCUUCUCCUCAAGCCAUCGUCUCCAUGUAUAUGUUUUCAGACCCAGAGACUACUAGGGAUUCAGCCAUCCUAUGUAGAUAGAAUAUUAUAGCCUUAACUCUGCCAAUAGAUAGAUUAGAGUCUCCUGGGGUCUCUUCUCCACGUGACUUAAGGGUUUUAUUCUCAUUCCCCUGACAGGGGUACUAUUUCAUCUUGCAGGGAGUAUGACCAAAGCCUCCAAAAUUGCACAAGAUGUGAUGCCAAGAGCCUGAGCCCUGACGAGGUGGCCCUUGGCACCAUGUGUGCGGCUGGUCCCUGGUGGGAGCAGGAAUUGCCAGCGGUGCCGAUACCAGCACAGUUACUUGGUGAUUUUUCCCCGCUUUCGGGGAAGCUGUGACUCCGAUGACAACCAGCCCGGCAGCACGAGGGCCGACAGGUCACUGGGGAGUUCGAGCCACGGGUCCCCAACCUGCCACCGGUGACAGUCGCUGUCAGGGAACAGUCCUUGUGCCGUUUCAGUCUCAGCGGCAAGGCCCAGCGUCUCUCCUGCCACAAAGUCCUCCCACAUCUCAUCCCACCUUAGCAAACACGAGUUGCUCUGGCCGAGACUGAGCAUCUGCUAUUGGCAAUUGCCUCAUUGUAGCUUUGCCUUUUUCUGUCCUAGUAUUUCCUCACAACGAUGAUGUUUACAUGUGAUUGCUAUAGAGCUUAUGUAGAAUGUAUAUAGUGACACAUUUAGGGUGGGUAGUACUGUCCUGUGGUGUGCUGAUGUUUUUCAGAAAACGAUCAAUCCAAAAAAGAACAAAAAAAAAAAGAAAAAAAAAAGCAAAGUAAGUGUAAUUCUUCCAUCUCCCGCUCAGCCGGGGACACCGAGCCCCGCUGGGGAUGCAUCAGGCAUGGUGGAGGGGAAGGGUUAGCGCAGAGCUGGGGACCCUCUCCUGGGGGAUCACUCAGUCACCUCCCAAGCGUUGCUUUCGGUGUACCCAGAUAUAAAACUGCACGUUGUUUUCCUGUGCCCCAGGUCAGCCCGCAGCCCCUGCCCAGCUUCUGGGUAUCGCAGGGAGGCCAGUGCUGGGCAAGGGGAGGGCUCGUCCUGCACGGAGCCCACCAGCACUGCACCCGGAGGGUAGGAAGAGAUGCAAUAAGUGGUCUUAGUGGUGCCUGAAGCCUAUAAGUGGGGUUGGGGUGGGUUUUUCUUUUUGGUUUGGGGAUUUUGUGUUUGUUGUGGGGUUUUUUUUUCCCCCCCAUUAAAUUGGGAUGGUUUGUUUUCCCUAACUCCCCCAAGAAACUCCUCCACAACUUCUGCACUGUGCGCAGGGGUGUACAACGCACAGAGGUCCAGCGGGGCAGCCCAGAGCUCUGCUGGCUUUAGAAUCCCUCACACAGGGUUUGUGGUGAAGAAUAAGUUUCCACUUGAUUUUUUUUUUGUAUUUUAGAUCUAAAAGUGUCUUUAGCUCACAGUGCUCAAAUCAGCAAGGGGGCGGGAAGGAGAGGGCUCAGGCACAAGGGGCAGGUGAGAGGCCUGUGACCGUGUCGGAUGCUAACGGGGAACCGGGGCGGGAGCAAAGCAACGCACAGCCCAUGGCACCGCAGUGGGUGCAGCUUGGAGCUGGGCACCCCAAAAAGGGAACCAUUGCACCCCAGCCCCUGUGGCAGCCCCAGGAACUCUCACCCGCGAGCGCCAGGGCGGUAGGAACGCUACUGCAAAGAGAAGCUGGGAGCAAAAGGGUAUAUUGUGGUAGGCAAUAAGUAAGGAGGAGAUUUAUUUUUUUAAAGAAAUAGAUAACUAUAGAGUCCCCCCGGUAGUUUCCCGCGGGUACUGUGGGGAAGCGCUGAAUGUGAAGAGUUUUGUGAUAAAAUGCCCCUUCGGGUUUUUUUGCACAGAUUUCCCCCAGAAAAGCCGGUUGUUCAGGGUCGAGUCCCGGGUUUCUGGCUGGAAUCCAGCAGGUCCCUGGGAAGGAGCGAAUGUUUCCGAGUGUCUGGGCCGAAUGCAGAGGACAAUCCCAAGCUUUAGGUUCGAUGAUGCCCCAAAGAAAAGGUUCAUCCCGAUUCCUCCUCGGCGCUGCUGGCUGGGCUGCGCAUCCUCUUUAACGCAGCGGCAGCUCAGUCACCACGCUAACAGUUUUGAGUGUCUGAUUUCAGCACUGGUCCAUGCAAAUGUGCAACUCGCAAUUGAAGACCAGCACUAUUUCUUUUCAUUUUGGUUCGUUUCUUUUCCUUUCUUUUUGGGGGUAUGCUGAAUACUGAUACACCAUUCUUUGCAGCUGAGCCCUCACCCCCUUUCCUGUUCGAAGCGUCGCAGGCCACCCCCGACAAUCUCAAGCAAUACAGAGCCAAACGCAGCCUUCGGGUUUCAUUCCUCUUCCCUCGCCCACCCUGGGGCCGGGGGUGGUGGCGGCAGCUGGGCCACAGCGCCCGCUUUAAUCCUGCCUUGGGGAGGGAGAGUGUGUAUGCACGUGAGAAAGAGAGCGGAAGAUUAAAUCGAUGCAUUUCUUGAGAAAGGUGUAAGAAUUUCACCUAAGAAGGGGCACAUCUGCUUUGUUAUUUAUAACAAAUAAAAAAGCUAAAUUCUUUUUCUUUUUUUCUUUUUAUUUUUUUAAGUGAAAGGACACUGCUAAUAAUUCUUAGGGGCCAAUUCUGCCUCCCUUCCUCACGCCGAGUAAGUACUACUUAACUCUGCAAUUUUCUACUUGCAGAGUAAGUACAAGUAGCAGAAUUGAUCCCUCUGUGAUUAAGAAUCAAGUUUUUAGUCUGUUUGUUCGUUUUGGGUUUUUUUAAUUGGUAGCGGUUUUUUAUAUUUCACUUAAUUUUUUUCCCCAGUUCCGUUCCGUUGUGUCCUUAUUUAUGUAAUAUACUUUAACCUUAAAAGACGGCAUGGGUUCUCAUGCCUUUCCUUUAUUAUUAUUGUUAUUAUUUUUAAAGAAGAGAUUUAUUUCUAGUGUGAUUUAACUGUCUACCUUCUAAAACGAGAGAACGUUUUCUUGUAUUUUUACAUUGUCAGAUUAUAUAGUUUCAUAGAUAAUUUAACCAAAUCACUCAAUGUAUUAUCUAUAUCUAUCCGGUGGGUAUAAAAGUUCUAUUUUAAAUUGUGUAAAUACUUCAGAACUGGCUUCUUUUUCCAGACUCCUCUACUGCGGAGUUACUUGUUUACAUCAAAAAGACUGUAGAAUCUCUACGCUCAUGUACUGUAAAUAGUGAAGUGAUCUGCCUAUAAAUAAACAAUAACAUAUAUACUAUAAAG